GUGCACGUUGUCUGAUUCUAUGCGAAAGCUGUCACAAUGGACAAAUUUAAGAUCAUCGCGUUAUUUCUCAUGUUGGGUGUCUCUUUAAAUUUCACUCCAGUUACGGCAACUUAUGGAGUGUAUCAACCAAACUUUUUUCGUUUUCCACCAGUGCAACAGCCUUAUACACCAUAUGCCUAUUACGAUACCUACAGGUUAAAUACCGGAAUUAAAUCAUUCCCUGGUUCGAUUUAUCCAAGUAGCUAUCCAAGUAGUUAUCCAACUUAUUCUCAACCGCAAGCGCCAACGAUUUAUAGUUACUUUGGAACUCCUGUUUAUGACUAUCGACAACCACCAGUGCAGUUUUAUAUUGGAGGAAGACCAGUGUAUCCAUUACUGCCGCCCCAACUUCCUCCACCUGAAGAUCCAUCAUCGAAGGAUAAACCAAAAAAAGGCAAGAAAAACAAGAAAGACAAGGAAGACAAAGAUGAUGAAGAAGACAAGAAUGAUAAAGAAGAUCCUAACAAAGAUGCUGAAAGUGGCGAUGACGACGACGAAGGAAUUGAAAAAUUAGACAAAAAGGAUGAAAAGAAGAAAAAUAAAAAUGACAAAAAGCCCAAAAAGCCAGAAGACGAUAAAGAAAAAGAAGAAGAUGAUAAGAAACCAGAUAAUAAAAAAAAGCCAGAAAACAAAAAAAAGAAGCCCGAGGAAGACACCACCGAGAGCAAUGAAGAUUCUGUUACUGUCGAUGCAUUAGAAUAAACAAAAUAAUUUUUUUAAAACCACAAAAUGGUAAAAAACAAUUUUCUACCACAAUAUCAAAUCAAAAAGAAAUUAUUGAAAUUAAAUUGAAAAAGAAAUUAUUUUUAUUCUAUAAAAAUAAUUUCUAUAAAAGUAAUUAUGUUUCAUUGAAAUUCACCUUAAAA